AUGUACGGACGUAUGUUUUUGAGCUCCUUGUUUUUUGUAUGCAUUUUCUUGUCUUUUGCUCCUGAGCUUGUUGGAUUUGGCUGUUCCUCGUCUGGAGAAGCUUCUGCUUCAACAGAUAUCGUGUUUGAAGGGGAAAGUUAUGAAAUUAAGCUGGAAUUUCCGAGUUUACUGGUCGACUUUUACAAGUUACUUAACCAUGCAGAACGGGAUAGGAUGCUAUUAGUCUAUUUCACUACGUUAGCUAGUUUGAGAACUGUCACUUUUAACAGUGAAUUAACCGGUUGUCAUUGCUUGUUGGAGGAAUAUGUUUUUGCUAAACAAUAUUUUGAAAAUGAGCAAGAAAUACAACGAAUUUAUGUCUGGCCCUUUGGUUUUACGACGGUGUUCAGCCAAGCUAAUCGUGCCCAGAUUUGCAUACUGUUGAAACGUACAGGUCAGGAUUUGUUUUUAAUUGGGCCGGUUUCACUUAAUGAAUUUAAGAAACGAAAGCUAUCUAAAUCUACAGCUAUGUAUUAUUCAAAUUCAACUGCAACAAGAAGAUUGUUACUACUAUCUGGUGAUGUCGAACAAAACCCAGGAUGGGAAAGUUAUCAACCUAAAACUCAACAAUCAGUAAUAGAACAGAAGAGAAGCCACUAAUUUAAGUAUUCCCGUGCGUAUUACUCAAAGAAUGAAUUUACAUCAGCAAUGGAAUGUAUUUCGGAGCCCAAUCAACUGUAUCAGCAUCAAUAUUAAUAAUAGUUUGCUCUUACCGAACAACUUCAAAAACCUUAGCUUUUGUCUUAUGAAUACUCAAUCACUCAACAAUAAAGCCGCUGAGUUUACCGAUUUCAUAUGUGAUCAUCAACCUGAUAUUGUUGCUUUAACUGAAACCUGGUUUCAUGAACAUGAAACUGCUGCUAGGUCCCUCUGCACGCCCACAGGCUAUAAACUCUUGGACCACCCAUGAUCCGGCCGGCAUGGUGGUGGCACUGGAGUGCUGUUCAGGAAUGAUUUGACUGUUAACAGAGUAUUUGCUGCAGAACUCGGAUCUUUUGAAUACUCUGAGUGGAAUAUAAAAGCAGGGUACCGGCGUAUCUACCACAAUAUUUUUUGAUGAGUUUGCUAAAUUCCUUGAAUCUGCGGUCCUCUGUACUGACCAGCUCUUGAUAACUGGUGACUUCAAUAUACAUGUUGAUGUCACUGAUGACGCACGCUGAUGCUGUCAAACUUCAUGAGCUACUCGAGAGUACAGGUCUACAGCAACAUGUUAAUGUCCCAACUCAUAUCCGUGGACAUACCCUUGACCUCAUAAUAACAAGACAUUCCGAAAAUAUUGUUACUUCUCCACCUCGAACUGAUUACAUAUUUUCAGAUCAUAUGCCUGUUCAUUGUAACCUUCUAGUUAACAAGCCUUGUCUUAAGAAAACCCAUAUAUCCUACAGGAAAGUUAAAUCCAUCAAUGUCGAUGCUCUCUGCAACGAUCUCUCCAACUCAGAUCUGUCCAACUCAGAUCUCUGCAAGAACAUGCUUUCUAUGGAGCUCAAUGAUCUUGUUGACUGCUAUAACCAUACAUUGUCAUCAUCAUUGGAUCGACAUGCGCCUGUGAAUCACAAAACAGUUGUAAAAAGACCGACCGUUCCUUGGUUUAAUGAGGAAGUCAAGUUAGCGAAAAGAGCACGAAGACGAGCUGAAAGGAAAUGGAGACGGACUAAACUGUAUGGUGACUUCCUUGUUUAUAAAUCAAAGAAAAAUGAAGCCACUUUUGUAAUGAAAUGCGCAAAUAAUAAGUACUACACCACCUUCAUACAAGAGAAUAACAGCGAUCAUCGUAAACUGUUCAAGUCUGCCAAAUUUCUUUUUAAUCAAGAAACAGAUUUGCUUUUUCCAGAAUACAGCAAUAAUACAGUCCUUGCGAAUGAUAUAGGUGACUUCUUCACCAAGAAAAUCGAGUGCAUUAGACAAGAACUUGACAGUGCAGCCACCUAUGACAACCCCACAAGUGAACCACAGAUCAUGCCUAAUGUUCAACUGGACUCGUUCAAGACAUUAACUGAGGAUGAUGUUAACCAGAUGAUCUCAAACUCAAGCAAAAAAUCAUGCUCCUUGGACCCCAUGCCCACUCAUCUUGUGGUCCACUGCCUGGAUGUACUUCCGCCGGUAAUUACAAGAAUAAUAAACUUGUCCCUGCAAUCCGGAUGUUUCCCUGACAACUGGAAGCUGGCUAAAGUCCACCCAGGCUUAAAGAAGUCAAAAGUUGAGGUUAUAUUUGAUAAUCUUCGUCCCAUCAGCAACCUUUCAUUUAUUUCCAAACUCACGGAACGAGCUGUCUUUAAUCAAACCCAUGACCACCUUACCGCUCACAAACUUUACCCUAAAGCUCAAUCUUCCUACCGCCAAUAUCAUAGUACUGAAACUGCUCUUCUAUGUGUGAAAAAUGACAUCUUGAUGAACAUGAAUAAACAACACGCGACUCUUUUGGUACUGCUUGAUUUGAGUGCAGCAUUCGAUACUGUUGACCAUACCAUCCUGCUAAAUCGACUACGCUCUAGCUUUGGUAUCACAGGUUGUGUACUAACUUGGCUUAAAUCAUACCUUGAGAACAGAUCUCAAUGUAUUUCUAUCAACGGUGGUGAAUCCAGAUCAUUUGAAAUGAAGUAUGGUGUUCCGCAAGGCUCUUGUCUUGGUCCUGUCUUGUUUGUCAUCUAUGCAAGCAAACUGUUUACUAUUCUUGAAAGCCACCUACCAGAUGUUCAUGCAUUUGCAGACAACUCACAAUUAUACAUUUCAUUCAAACCUGCCUCUAUGAUCGAGCAAUCCGCUGCCAUUAAGGCAAUGCAAGAUUGCAUCACAGACAUCAAGAAAUGGAUGCUAGCAGACCAACUGAAGUUAAAUGAUGAUAAAACAGAGUUCAUCAUCAUCGGAACAAGGCAACAGUUGGCAAAAGUAAGUGUUGAUCCACUGUGCAUCGGAGACGAAAUUAUCAAACCAUCUAGCGUAGUAAGGAAUCUCGGCUCCUGGUUCGGUUCGCAACUGAAAAUGGACUUACACAUCAAAAAAUGCUGUAAAGCAGCAUUUUUCCAUCUAUUUAAUAUCAGACGUAUCAGAAAAUUUCUCAGCUUUGAUACUACACAAUUUCUUAUUAACGCUUUCAUUACGAGUCGACUCGACUAUUGUAACAGUCUCUUGUAUGGUCUGCCCGCCAAUCAGAUAUACAAACUCCAACGAGUACAGAACUCCGCAGCAAGACUGAUUUGUAAUAUUAAUCAAUUUGAUCACAUCACCCCUGCGCUGUAUAAACUACACUGGUUACCUGUUAGAUACAGAAUUAACUUUAAAAUAUUACUUAUCACUUAUAAGGCAAUUAAUGGUCUCGCUCCUGAAUAUAUUUCUGAACUCAUCAAAUUCAAGGUUGCAUCCAGAUACAAUCUACGAUCAUCUACUGAACUGUUGCUUGAGAAACCGGGAACAAAAACAUUAACCCACUUUGGGUGACUGAUCGUUCCAAGUGGCUGCACCUACGCUGUGGAACAGCCUCCCAGCAGAAAUUUGUAACGCCUGCAAUGUUGCAUCAUUUAAGAAAAUGCUUAAAACCCAUUUUUUUAUGAAGAUAUUUUCCUCCAUGCUGUCAUAAUUAGGACAAGUAAUAUAUAGCAGCCCUGUAGGUUCUUAGAUUUAUUGUAGGACGGUUUUUAAAUUAGUGUAAUAUUCCAAUUUUCUAUUUUGAUGUAAUGCGUGAGUGAGCAUCGUCCUAUGUAACACACGCAAUAUAAUUGCAACUUAAGGUUAAGGGAAAGAUCAGGCCAAGAUUUCUCAAAUAUCUAGCAAAAAUGGACCUCUUUCUAAUUUGAUCCAAAUUAUCCAGUCAGCUAUGGAAAGCAUCCUAAACAUAUAUUAUUUAUUGUUAAUUAAUAUAUAAAUUUCAAACCGUACAAAUACAACAUUUUUCUGUUGUGUUGUUUUCUUAUUGCUCUCUGCAAAAAUAGACGGAGCAAAAAAUCCUGUAAUACUAUAUAACAUCCAUCUGACUUACUAUUAAUCUUUAUAGUAUAUUGAUCUAAUGAUCUUAUACAUUAUAUAUAAUCGAAUUAUGCUGUGUUGGUGUAAUGUACUCAGGUGAAUAAGAUGUUUGUGUGAUGUUACUCUGAGUGUAUAUCCACACCGGGCAGGCCUGAAAAAUAUGCCUGGCCACGGCGGGAUUCGAACCUACAACCUUUGGAAUACUAGCCCAAUGCUCUUCCAACUGAGCUACGCGGUCAGGACGGCUUGAGUAUGCGAUAUUUCGGAACUGAGUCUAGUUCCUUCGAUAUCAGUGUAAUCUAAUAAUCAUGAAAUCUGCUGUGUUGGUGUAACCAACUUCACAGCUGUUGUGAAGAAGAACGCCAAUGAACACGGAGAUGUGUUUCUGCGCGUGCGUAUAUAUGAAAAGUGUUCGUACCACAAUCAUAAGACAAUCAAACAGCAUUCAAAACAGGCAACACACCACGUGCGAUUCCCUCGGCUACCCAUGUGUUUACAAACUAAACGCAUGCUUUGAGGGAAAUUAGUGAUUAAAUGUCCCCGCAAACCUCGGGAGGUUUAGUAAAAGUCACUUGGGCUACGCCCUCGCGGCUUUUACUAAACCUCCCUCGGUUUGUGGGGACAUUAAAUCACUAAUUUCCCUCAAAGCAUGCGUUUACUUAUAAUAAAUACAUAAAUUUACCAAGAUGAUACAAAUAGAUUUUAUCAAAUUUUAAAAUCUUUAGUUCACUAAAAAUGGGAUCAGAAUGUGUGUCAAAUGGUUCUUUAUUCUUUCUCAAACGCCACCAUUUCAUUGUGAUCCAUCUGAACUAAUUUCAUAAACGAAUAUCAUCAUUCUCUGGCUGCCCUAAGGUCGAAAUCCUUUUUCAUAUUAUCAAAUUCUAUGUAGGUUUAUCACAAGCAAUAGUAAAUUCGGUUGAAAACUGGUUGAGUAUUGAUGCUGUUCCUGUCAAUGUUGAAUUAUCUUCAAGGGACAAAGGAAGAUUAAAAACAUCUGUCUUGUUUAUAGACUGUGUGCUCUUGCAAAAUCAUCAACCAGAGGGAUCUUAACUCUGAAUUUGACACAUAUAUCCUCUGCCCUUUCUUCAAAUUUGAUAUUACGUAGCCAGUCAUGGACUUCUGCUUCAAUCAUUUCAUUAAUUUGCUUUGGUGGAUCAGGAACACGGUUUAAACUUUUGUCUAAUAAUUGCAGAUAAUAAUUGCAGAUAACAAUCGCACCAUUUUUCCCACAACAUUUUGUGUUCAGACAUGGACUCUGUAAAUUAAAAUUAAAGCUUAAAAUUAAUAUACAGGUACGAUGUACAGCCAAUGAAAAUGGGUAUUGAAUUGGGGGUACAAACAAAUCUUGAUAUUGACUAUAUAGUUUCUUAUGCAUAGCAACUUCAACUUUCACCUGCAUGUUUUAAAAACAACUGAUAUGAAACAAAAAUAUAUACCAUGUGGAUUAAUAACAGUUAGGAUGAGUCAAAAAAAUUUUCAGUAAAAAAAUAGGGGGUAAUAAUUUUUUAUGGAAUUAGACUUCAGUUCCCCGGCCCACUCUUACACCUCUCUCAGCUAAAAAAUGAAUGCUCCCUUAGUUUAGGUGAAAAAUUUUUUGAUCUGUUUUUAAUGUCUGAAAAAAUUUUCACCCGCACUCCCCCCCCCCCGAAACAAAAAUUUGCCCCGGGUCCCCGAAGUUCUCUGAUAAGCCCUGUGCAAAGCAAUGCUUUGAAAUGGUGCAAAGAUAAAGUCCUCCUCCGUUUUGAUGGCCUGCGAGCACCAUAGACAGUUUGACGUUAUGCGCAUGCGCCAGUUCAAGAUCUGGUAUUUUUAUUCUGUAAAGGUAUUUUUAUUCUGUAAAGAUGUUUUUAUACAGCACAUUGUUUUUAAUUUAAAUUUGGUAAUAAAUUUAUAGUGGCUGUCAACCAUAAAACAAAGUUUGAAAGGCAUAUUAAACACGAAUUCUGUCGAAUGUCGUUUUACUUUUCGAUAAAGUACAGAUUGAAAGACACGGUUAUGAUCUACAAGUACCCGAAGUUUCAUGCAUGUAGCAUAAAUAGAAAUAUUUUUAUUGAAUUUUUAUAUAAACUAGGUAGUGGAGUAAAAUUUACAUUUUGUGCUCACAUGAAACAAAUACCUCUAUCAAAGGUCCUUUUUUAUUGCUGCAACAUGUUAUCAAUACAAAUUUCCAAUAUUUCUUACUCUCCAAAGAUAGUAUGGCACCAAAAUAAGUCUGUGAUACCCACAAAAGAACACUCAAAUCAUGAUUAGCAAAAUGUCUUUAUUUCUACAAUUACUACAUACAUUCUUAGAUAAUCAUUACACCAUUGACUUUAGUUAUUAGUGGCAUAACCAGCCUCAAAAUUGGGUCAUGCUAUUCAAAUUUGAAAUAAUCACUACUCAUUUGUUUAGAAAUUGAUUGUUUUCACAAUCUAGAACAUGAAAAUAUUUGCAAAUAGCAUGACCAAGUGUUGUUGGGCUGGCAUCAUCAUAAUUAGUAGUUAUAAAAAAGUAAUGUUUUCCAAGGCAGUAAUGUUUGCUAAAGCAGUAAUGUUUGCCAAAGCAGAUAAUUGGAUUAUGUGGUGAAAAUAUUUCCUUUAUAUUGUACUACAAAAGACCUAAGACUGUAACCAAACUGAUAUCAGAUCACCACGUCAUACCCAAAUCUGUUGCGAUGAAUAUCUGGACUUCUUCCUGUAUAAAUUACAAAGUCGCAAUAUAACCAUUAGGAUUGUCUGCAGCAACCCACAGAUUUAUUCCCCACAUAGUAGGUCAUCUAGCUUUCAUGAACUGCCUAACCCCCAACCUAUUUCUUGAUUUGACAGUGUGUUUGUCUGCAACAACAAUAUUCUGUGACGGCUGGUACAGUUGUUGAUGCAGUUUAUUGCUGUAGUUUUUAGUACAGGAUCUACCAUAUUCACAAACGCCAUAAGCGCUUUGUACCUAACCCGAGAAAUUAUGUCUAUUGCCCACAGACCAUGAUAUAAGGUUUUUACACUCCAAUAAUUUUCAAUCUCACUGUCGACCUUUAGCAAACCUGCAUAUUAUACUAAAAGGCAAUCAACCUCUCAAGGUUGGUGGACUGCAACACCCUUUUUUUAUUAGUAUAUGGGGAUAACUUUUGAGUUAUUUGUAUGUGGGCAUAUGUAUUGGUAUGGCCAGGAAACUACCUCCUGAAGCAUUCCCUUAGUAAAAAAGAGUCGAAUGAACUCAAGCUCACAGUUGAUCGAAAUGGAUCCUGGACAUGUCAGUGAGGAGCAAAAUCUGGGAGAACAUUCCUGGCGUCAGGAUCAUCAUAUCCAUCAUGUACUAUGGGGCCUAGUGGGGAUGCUAGACAGGGAGCUUUCGAAACCUUAGGUCCUAAUGGCUGGGCUUCCCUCUACCUCUGCUCAUCCCCCUACCUUCCCUCUGGGUUGGUGAGUGGGGUUCUCAUGGCUCAUCAGAACUCUACUUCCCUGAGGCUAUGAAACAGGAACAGCAGAUAGGAACAGGAUCAAUAUAUUCAUCAGUGCGAAUAAAAACUUUUAUAGACAUGGUGCCACUUAAAAUUAUAAUAAGAGCCAACUAGUAAGAUAUAAGUAUGAAUACUUGGCUAUUAUGUAUGUAACAAAACAACCAAUCAUGUGCUCAAGGCUCAUUUUACUUUGCCUAGGAAUCAAGAGAUUUUUAUGCCACAUGUAAAACACCAUAAAUUUUCAUCAACAAUAUAAAUAAAUACCAUUUAUAUUUGUCAAUAUCAGUAUGAAACGAUUAUUUCAACACAAAAAAACGAUAUGAGGACAUACUUGGUCGUACUAGUGAAGCUAUACUAAAUACAAAUAAAUUUACAACGCCAUGGCAAUGGCAAAACAUUGAAAUAGAAAUUGUCUAGAAAUGAUACAAAUACUUGCCUUGAAACUCCAGACACGACUCCCAAUGCCAGGCUGAGAUAAUUGUCUUCGUACGAAGACAUUCCAUCAUUACUAGCACUAUCAGGUUGCAAAAUAAAGCCAAAAACGUCUUCAGAAUGCGAUUCAAACAAAUACAAUACAUUUCAACGCUCGUGCGUUCCCGUGCGCGAUAAUCAGGAGAAUUGCUCUAAAAGAUUUGUUUUUCUGCCUAAGCCAAUCAAAAUCCGUAUCUAGGGUAAACAAACACUCCGGAAGUGAUUCCUGCAGUCUUUUACCAGGAAACUGUAAUGCUUUACCAAGAAUUUGGUGUCCGAAGUUGGCCGAACACUUUCCGAUCACGAGAAUUGCCAUAAUAGGCUUAGAUUAUUUUGCAAUUUCCCGAGACUGCUCCGAGCUAUAGAAUGGAAGAUGGCGAUUCUUUUGGUAUAUUUGUUAUUAUUAUACGUUGAAAAGAAGCAAAAAGAUGAGCAUUUGAAUCAGGCGGAACAUUAAAAAUGCAACAGCAAAAUUGAUAAUGUGUCAUUUGCAUAAAUUUCACCGCAUUGAUCAUUUCAAGGUAAGAAAUUUGCUUGAAAUUGAGCAAGAAACAAUAAAAUUAUAUGAAUAUUUCUGAAUAUAUAGUAUCAACCAAGCGGAUUUUUUUGGUGGUAUUUUCGUAUGUCUACUGCAAAUACUCGCGAAGUUCUUUAAUAUUUAAUCUUCCCAUCAUAUACGUCAGAAAUUAAUAUUGGCGGAUCGAAUUGAGUUAAGGAAGUUUGGUAAUAGGAGAGGUUGUAACAUUGCUGAAAUGUCGAUAUGUGAACGAGGAAUACACUAUAGUAGUGAUAUUUUGAGUGUUUUUUAUUGAGAAGGGGGAAUAUACAAUAGUAGUGAUCUCUUGCGUGUUCUUUUCAGAAUGAGGAAUACACUAUAUUACACAAGCCUUAUUCUCAAAUAUCAACCUGCGAACAGGCAUAUGCAUUACGGGCUGUAUGGCCUGCGGAGGAUGUAGAUAUAUAGUAGUGAUAUUUUGCGUUAAUUUCACUUUGUAUCAUAGCUUGCCCAGUUCGUAUCAUAGCUUGCCCAGUUCCACUAAAUAAUGGGAAUUCAUAAUAAUUAUGUUUUUUAAUUUCACUUUGUAUCAUCGUAUCACUUGCCCAGUCCUAAUAAAUGACGCGACUUAUAACAAUGACGUCAUUAUUUUCACUUCGUAUCAUCGUAUUACGGAAAUAAAAGUCACAAAAGUGGACGGGUACUCUAUAAUCUAGCCUAAUGAUCUACACUGGAUGAUGAUGAGCAGAGUUUUUCUGGGGGUCCUGCACACCAAUAGAGGGGGGGGGGGCAUCCCGACAGUCACUUGUACAAUAAGUGGUUUACCCCUCCAGCAUCAAUAACUAAUGCUUAUAAUUCAUUAUGCUUUUGUGUACUGUACAAGUUGUUGUUUUGUCUUUUCCUUUACACAUGUUGUUAUACGACAACUUUUUUUUUGUAGAAUUUCUCCUGCCACAUGAUGACUUCUCACGAUCUGACAAAUUUCCUAAUACAUAUACAGAGGAAGUACAAAGUUACCUCCCAAAUAAUGACAGCUCAAGUGAGUCCAACCAGCCAACAACGGAAAUAUCAGGUGAAGGAUCUGAACGCAUCCAAGAAGGCAGUUUUGAAAAGGUUAUCUUGGACUGCAUAAAAAAAUGCAAUACAGUGAAUAUUAUAGACCCCAUUGAAAUAUUGAGGUGUGCUUCGACAUAUAUAGUACAAGGCUGACCACUUGACAUAACUUCAGCAUCAGAUACAGUCGAAGGUGCAACCAAUUUUAUUCAUGUAGACAGAGAAGGAGUUUUACAAUCUGCAUUUGAAGAGAUAAGCUCUUUAGAGAAUCUACGACUUACCUUGGAAGUUUCACUCUAUGGCGAACUGGUGUCAGAUUUGGGUGGUCCUAGGAAAGAGUUUUUUAUGCUAUGUCUGAGAGAAAUACAAUCAAAGUACUUUGCUAAAGGGUUGCGAGAUUACAUGAGUGCGGAUUAUGAAGUUGUUGGGUUAAUAAUGGUGCUUAGUAUGUUACAGAAUGGAUGUGUUCCCCAUUUUCUGACUGAGGAAAUUAUCAAAGAAACAUUCAUGACAGAAUCUCCUUCUCUGUGUAUCGCUAAUCUACGAGCAGGGUUUGCUAAAGUUGGGCUCUUUCAAAUUGGCAACAAACUCAAACAGAUUGACACGAAAGAAGUUGAUUAG